AGAAGCACCGAAUCACACCUGCACAGACACAAGGAAACAGCAGUGUCCCUUGCAGCCGAGUAUCAGUGUGGACCAGUGGUAAAGAAUUUCCCAGUUUUGGGGAAAAAUAAGCUAUCAGCUCCGAGAAUCAAGCAGUUUGGAGGCAAUGAAUUCCCCAGCGUGGGAGCAUCCUGAGAGUGCUGUUAUAUAACUGCCUGUGGCUGGAUGUCUGAUUUUGAGGCAGAAGAAAGGCUGAAAUGAGAAGAUAAAGCGCCCAUCCUGUUGCAUAAACAGAAAGUGAAUUAAAGAGAAGGACGUUUAUGUUCGUGGAAUCUAACAGCCUCUUAAGUGGACGCUGUUACUGGAGGAGACAGGCUUCUGGGGAAGGGCCUCCGUGCUCCCCUCGCUGCUGGGCAGAUGCACAGAUUUAGAAAGACAGAAGGAUGCUUCCAUGUCCUGGCUGGUGUGAAUAGCGCUGCAGUGAACACUGGGGUGCAUGUCUCUUUUCGGAGUAUGGUCUUCUGCAGAUAUAAGCCCAGGAGUGGGAUUGCUGGAUCAUACGGUCCUGUCACCUCUCUCUGACUCCAUCCUGGCUGAGAAGACGGUGACCGUCCUGGAUGACCGUGUCACCAACGUGGACCUGGGCGUGCAGCUGGUGCCCGGCUCGUCUCUUUCCCUGCAGCCUCACAGGUCGGACAAAAGAGCCGUCAGCUCAACGGCGGCUGCCCAGGGCAUUCUUCAAGCCCCACAGCAGAUGCGUCAAACGAGCCUGUCUUCCUAAUAAAGGAUGCUUGAAGUGAUAGUAUCUCGAGCAGUAGCCUGAUGAGCUGUGCCCAAAAGUGAUUCAGAGGCAUCACGUGAU